AGCAGGAACAGGCUGCCCCACUGGGCUACUGCGCUGAGCCCAGCACGAUCACUUGGAUUCGGAAGUUGGAUAGGGCGCUUCGUUGCCCUUCCGUCGUCCGACGCCCCAGGGUCAAGCCGCUUCUCCUACAGCUCAGUGGGGCCUUCUUCUUGUUCGUCGCAGCCACCUUUCUCCCUUGCAAGUCGUGGCCAUGAAGGAUGAGGAGGCGGUGGGACCUUUGCCGGCGCCAACGGCUCCGGUGGCUGUCUUCUGGGACCUGGAGAACUGCCAUGUCCCCAACUCGGUGGAGGCAGCAGAGUUGGUGGGUCACAUCUUUACGGCGCUGCGGCAGCGCGGGCUGUCCGGCGUGAUUCACAUCCAGGCGUAUGCGGACACGUCCAUUCUGCCGGUGGAGGUCAACUCAGGCCUCAGCAGCACGGGGGUGCACCUGCUGCAUGUUGCGCGCGGUCGCAAGGAGGCCAGCGAUAAAGCUAUCCUGGUGGACAUGGUGCUAUGGGCGCUGGACCACCCCCCCCCGGCGCACUUUUUGCUCAUCUCGGGCGACCGCGACUUCUCCAACGUGCUGCACCGCCUCAAGUUCCGGCAGUACAACAUCAUGCUGGCCACCACGCUGUCCGCCAAGCCCAGCCUCGUCAACGCUGCCUCCCUGGUUUGGGACUGGGCCGGCCUUGCGCGCGGCGACCAGCUCGACCCCGUCCCGAAGGCCAAGCGCCAGUCUGUCCUCAGCCCUCCUCCCUCCGGGGAAAGGAGGCCGCAGUACAGUCAGAAAGAGACGCGGGGCUACAAUCAAGGGGAAGGCAGCCGCCAGGGAGGCUCGUCGACUGGGUGGGGGGAUGAAGAGCCUCGGAAUUCGCAGACAGAGGCGUCGAGGGGCGAGGAGAUGGACUCUCCAGCAGCACGAGGGGGAGAGUCGCAGGGGCGCGGCGUGUCUUCUGCCGUGCGGGAGAUGCUGUCCACAAUUGUGAAGGGCCACCCGGACGGGUGCUCGGUGGGCGAGGUGAUGCAGGCGCUGCGCACGCACGGCUUCAAGAUUAACUGGGUGGGCAUGGGCUUCCCCAACCUGCUGGCGCUGCUCAAGGCGCUGCCCGACGUGUGCCUCGUGGACGAGGACGUGCGCACCAAAGAAGGCUUCAAGCUCACGCGUAUUUAUCCUGCUCGCCAGUCUGCCGGCUCGUCGCGCAGGUCGAGCGGGGCCCUCGCGGAGGAGCCAGAGACGAAUGCGAACUAUGGCCAGGGGCACAACAACCAGACCCAGCCGAGUCACACGAACCAAAGUUCUCAGGGUCAGUACAAUCAAAGCCCUUCAGUCCAGUACAACCAGAAGCCCCCAGUUCAGUACAAUCAGACUCCCCCGGUGCAGUACAACCAAACCCCUCCGGUUCAGUACAACCAAGCCCCUCCUGUUCAGUAUUCUCAAGGGUCCCCGCUGUUGCACACCCCAGAGCCUGCUUUCUCGGGGCCUCGCCCCAACGGUGCUGUCUCCCCACGGCCGUACGACCCCCGGCCGCCUGUGGCCCCGCCCUCCACUUACGGUCAGGCAAGGGGCCCGGCGCCGCCCGCUCACUACUACCAGAAUCCGCCAAGGCCCUCCUUUUCAGAAGCGAGAGCAGAGCCAAGGGGGCCUGCCCCGCCUCGCUACCAGGGGCCGCCUUCGAGUGCGGCGCCUCCCCCGGUUGCUCCCGGCGAGUUCCGUACCCUUGUGGCAGUGGUGUGGGAGCUGCAGAGGCAGGCAGGGGGACAGCCACCCGACCAGAGACAGGUUAUCUCGAUGCUGCGCAACGAGCACGGGGAGCUGUUUGCCUCGCUGGGUGGUUACGGCCCAUAUGAGACGCCCUUCAAGUACAUUGAAGCCGCGCAGCGUGCUGGCUACCUCGACAUCCGUGCUGGCCCCGCCCCAGGCUCUGUGGCCCUCGCCCUCACCCCCAAAGCCGGAGAGCACGCCUACGACUUUCCUCAGAACCCCCCGCAACAGGCAAUCCAGCCCUCCCCGCCCCCGAGAAUGCCGUACUCCAACCCGCCCUCCAACCCGACGCCAGCCCAGCCGAUACGCCCUACGGUGCAGGUCCCCCCUCCCGAGCCCCCCCGUAGCGCCCCCGAGCCGCGCGUCGUCGUGUCGGCGGACCCUCCGGAGGCGGAGCCGCUGAUGGUGCCCCUCCCCCCGGUGCUGCUCAAGGGCACAGCGGCCAGCCUGCGGCGCGACCUCAUGGCGCCCACGGAGGCCAACAUCCGUGCGCGCGUCGUGCAGCUCAUGCGGCCGCAGUCGGUCAUGGCGGGGGGCACGGAGGUGAAGCAGUGGUUUGUGCCGGACGGCGUGUGGGAGGCGGCCGUGAAGGCGGCCAUUGCGGAGGGCGCGCUGGUGCCCAGCACGCUGGCGAGCCGCGAGGUGCUGCUGCCGCAGGGGAUGCCCAGCUGGCGCUUUGUGGACCCGCACUACACCAUGACCUACCCCGCGCAGCAGUGGGCCGCGCUCGAGGACUGCCUGCGCACCGCCAAGGGGCGCGCCGUCAUCGAGGGGUCGUACACCAGGUAUGCGGCUGCCCGUGGCAUGCUGCAGGCAGGUGGGCCGGCGCUCAAGGAGCUGGCGCUGGGCCAGAUGAUCAACAUGCUGCAGGCCGCUGUCAAGAAGGGCUGGAUCCUGCCCGGGCCUAGCUGGCGCCCGGCGCGCGUCACUCUCACCCCAGCUCCCGCGCCCCAGCAGGGUGUGCUUCCUUCUCCUUCCAGUGGAUCUUCGGACGCGGCCCCUUCUAGCUUCAAGUCCCCCUCGGCCGCCAAGGCCGCUUCUUCGACUGCUGCUGCCGCUGCUGGUGCCAAGAAGAAGGAGUACCCGCCGUGGCUGGUCAAGCUGCGCCAGUGGCUCCCGCUCUUCUUGCAGCAGAUCGGCGCCAAGGGUUUCAAGCUCGCCGCGCUCAAGGGCACCUUCAGGAACGCUUCCGGGAUUGACAUCAGCGAGGCCGAUCUGAAGGAGGCGGGCUUCCUCAAGUUCAGCCAAAUGCUGGCUGCCAUGCCCGACGUCUGCACCCUGCAUACCGUCAUCUACCACGGCACCAACACGGACUACGUGCUGUACCCCCCCGGAUGGACACCCCCCCCCAAGGGCGCUUCCACGGAGGCCCUUUCUACCCCCCCAACAGCAGCCGCGGUGCGGUCUGCUAGUCCCGGUGUCCCUGUGGCGACCUUCUUCCCGAAAGAAGUGGACAAGGGCGCCGCAGAGGGCGCCAAAGCGGCGCCGGCAGUGGACCGGGAGACGGUGAAGCGCGACAUGGCACAGCUGCUGGCGGAGCUGUUGCCGAAGUACCCUGACGGUGUCAAUGCAGGGGGCAUCAAGAUCCUGUAUGCGAACCGGUUCGGGUACCAGCUGGACCACGAGGCGGUGGGGUACCCCAAGCUGCGCGACCUGCUGCAGGCGCUGCCAAGCAGCUGCCGCCUCACGUUCCACCCCUACAUCAUGAUCCACGCGCGCACCGCCACGCCCGCCAAGGACUCCCUCCCGCAAGAUGGCAAGCCGGACAGGAAGGUCUGGAGCCCUGUCAAGAAGAGCGCAACGACGCGGGCGGCAGCGGUUGAGGGGCAUACUCUGGGGGUCAAGCCUGCGGUGGCCGCUGAGAAUAGAGAUAAGGAUGGGGACGCAAGCGAGGGGGAGGACGGGGAAACGGUGGGGCCCAUUGGCUGCUUGUCGCUGCUGCCCGGAGCAGAGCUGAGUCUGCCCGAGGCAAGCACCAUUCAGACGGAAUUGGCCCGCAAAGCACCUGGGGAGGACCCGUCUUCGGAAGUGGUGCAAACCGAGGCGCAAGUCCCUGUGUCAGCUGAGGUUUUGGAAACGACUACCCCUCCUGCGGAGCAGCCGUCUGCAACUUUGGGGAUGGCGCACGAGAAGGUGGAUUUGAGCAAAGCUGCUGCAGACCUGAUGCACGCAGUCGGUGCAACAAUAGAAACAGCUGGCCAUGCGAAAGCGGUCGAGUCCCACAGCCUUUCGGUAGGGACGUACGGGCAGCAGAGCCCCGAGGUGGCUAUUCCUGUCGGGUUAGCGGUGGGGGCGACUCCCGAGCCCACCAAGGCGCUCAACUGGUCGCCGGACAGCCUGGCCACGCCCGUGGCCGCCACCCCCGACCGCAAGCUGGUGCUGCCGCACGAGGCGACGGCGUAUUCCGUGAAGCCGGCGGAGCUGCGCAGCCGGCUGGCCCAGGAAGUGCACGCCAUCCAAGAGGAGACUGAGCCGGCCGCGGACGACUCGCCCGAGGAGUCGCCAGUCUCGGUGGACAGCGUGGCUGCGGCGCCGUCAGAGGACGCCCAUUUUGAGCAGCAGAACGGGGCGAGCAGCGGGCAAAAUGGCAGUGGAGCAGGCCACGUGGCAGUCUCGGAGGUAGCGAAGCUGUUGAAUGUCACCGGCGUGUCGGAUGAGAGCGCGUCAGCUGAUGGGGGCUCUGAUGCGGACAGUGGGUCCGCAGCAGUGAGCUCUCUGCAGUGA